UUCCUUUCUCAGUUAUUUUCCCUUUCAAAGACAAAAAUACCCCUAACCCUCACAAACCCUAAACGUUAGAAUGAAUAUAUUUAUAGAUUGGACGCCUCCAAGUUAACCUUCCGGUCGAAACAGAGCUCUGGUUCCCUCAUCUCAUCUGCAGCCAUGGUGAACGUACCCAAGACCAAGAAGACUUACUGCAAGAGCAAGGACUGCAGAAAGCACACUUUGCACAAGGUUACACAGUAUAAGAAGGGUAAGGAUAGUUUGGCUGCCCAAGGGAAACGCCGCUAUGAUCGCAAACAAUCGGGUUAUGGUGGGCAGACCAAACCAGUGUUCCACAAGAAGGCAAAGACCACCAAGAAGAUUGUGCUAAGGCUGCAAUGCCAGGGUUGCAAGCAUGUCUCUCAGCACCCAAUCAAGAGGUGCAAGCACUUUGAGAUUGGUGGAGACAAGAAGGGGAAGGGAACAUCUCUUUUCUAAAUGUGUUAUUCAUGCCAUCUGUUGUGUUGCUUUACUCUAAUGCAGUAGUUGAAAAACAUAAAAGGCAGUAUGGAAUUUUGUUGAGUUUGCUUUUAGUUUUGUGAUGUUGUUUUUGGAGGAUAUUUUUGUGUUCUUCUUUAAGUACUUAAUGACAUCAGUUGCUCUUACUGUUAGCAAUUGUUUCAAAGUUUCA